AUGAAAUCACCAUUCUUCUUUGCUGGUGUUCUCGCUGCGCUUACUCAAGCAGCACCGACUGUCGACGAGACAUACCCAUAUAAUGGACCUGAUAUCCCCAUCGGCGAUUGGGUUGACCAUACGAUCAAGGGCGACAACGGCGAUGGAUUCAUCCGUCUAGUUGAACCCCCGGCUGUGCACCCUGGCUAUGUCAAUGCUACCAACAACGUCAAUGUCAUCUCACUGUCAUACAUACCUGCUCAGCCUGGUAAGGAGACCGUCGGGAUCAACAUCCACUACCAAACACCCUUUGGUCUCGGUAGCGCACCUUCAGUUCACUGGGGAACCAGUCGUUCGUCUUUAAACAAUGUGGCUUUCGGCUCGACCGCAACAUACGACCGCACGCCUCCCUGCUCUCUCGUGCAAAUGACCCAAUGCAGUCAAUUCUUCCACAACGUGCAAAUAGAACACCUUCAACCAGGUACAACAUAUUUCUACCAAAUCCCUGCUGCUCCGAACGGUACAACCGAGUCUACCGUUCUGAGCUUUACAACUGCCCAAGCUAAAGGCAACCCAACUCAAUUCAGUAUCGCUAUCAACAAUGAUAUGGGGUACACGAAUGCGAAUGGAACGUACUACUACAUGAAUCAAGCCAUAAAGAAGGAAGAGCUCGCGUUUGUCUGGCACGGUGGAGAUCUCAGCUACGCGGAUGACUGGUACUCUGGUAUCGUGCAGUGCAACUUGUCGGCCUGGCCCGUCUGCUAUAACGGUAGCAAGAGUUCCCUGCCCAACAACGACACCAAUCCCGAUUAUUUUGACACGCCCCUUCCUCCCCAUGAGAUUCCAAAUCAAGGCAGCCCUCGUGGCGGCGAUGUUGGCGUCCUCUAUGAGUCCAACUGGGAUCUUUGGCAGCAGUGGAUGAACAACAUCACCAUGAAGAUUCCUUAUAUCGUUCUCCCCGGCAAUCAUGAGGCCACGUGUGCCGACCAUGAUAACAAUCCGUUUGUCCUUUCAUCGUAUCUCAACGAGAACAAAAAAAACACCACCAUGUCAGGCGAUAACCCCAACUCGACUCUGACAUAUUAUUCAUGUCCGCCUUCACAGCGCAAUUUCACAGCUUUCCAGAACCGCUUCACCAUGGCAGGCGACAAGUCAGGUGGCGUUGGUAAUUUCUGGCAUUCAUUUGAUUACGGGCUUGUUCAUUUCGUAUCUAUCGACACGGAAACGGACUAUGCCAACAGUCCCGACAAGACGUUCCGUGAGGAUGUCGAGAAGGCUAAGAAAGAGAAGGAUUGCAAAGGCAAGGAUAAGGAUGAGCCAAAGUGCAAGACUAAGACGAAAGAACCGCCUGCUUCUACAUCUGCGUGGUCGUGUACCCCGCUCCCGACAGAUGAUGUCUAUGAGACAGAUGACUUGGAGGAGGAGACAUAUCUUGAGUCCGGGAGAGCUCAUCCUCUGCGAAACGAGACAUACGUAACUGAUGCUGGGCCUUUUGGAUACAUUGAGGGUUCCAUCCAUGACAACAAGGCGUAUCAGCAAUAUCACUGGUUGAAAGACGAUCUCGGCAAGGUUGAUCGGUGUAAAACGCCCUGGGUCAUCGUCAUGGGCCAUCGUCCCAUGUACAGUUCACACGACGACGCCAAUUAUCAUCUGCACCUUCGCGAGGCCUUUGAGGGGUUGUUCCUGAAGAACAAGGUUGAUUUGUACAUCGCUGGACACGUCCACUGGUAUGAGCGUCUCAAGCCCAUAGGAAACUGCGGAGUCGACACAAAGGCCAUUAUAGACGACAGUGAGAAGAAUGGCAUUUACAAAGUGAGGCCUGGGAAUUCGAUAGUACAUCUCAUCAAUGGCGCUGCUGGGAACAUCGAAAGCCACGCUACUAUCGAUCAGUCCCUGCCUAUACCCGACAUAACAGCUCACCGUAACUUGACCAGUUUCGGCUUCUCCAAGUUAACCGUCUAUAACGCAACGACCCUGUCUUGGCAGUUCAUCCGAGGUCACGAUGGACAGGUCGUUCGUCUGGCUCCUCAGGCUCGUCUUGCUCUUCUGAAUGCUCUGGAUCUGAACUACUCCGUACUCUCCAAGAUUCUUCAGUCUCUGCCCUUCUCUCUUCUCUCGUACCAGGUCCAAUGGUCACUCGUUUAUUGUUUCACCGACCCAACCCUCAUUAUCCCUCAUUCUUUUACCUGGACUUCAGAACCUCGCAAGCUAUAUACCAUGGUCCGCUGCAGAUCUCUCCUGGUGGUGCUGGCAACCGCAUCGGCUGUUAUCGCCGGCCCCUGCAAGCCCAGUACGACCGGCCCAGUCCUCGACACCACUACAACCGCAAUCGAACAGACAUCCGCCACGACAAAUUCAGCCCUUGGAGACACCACUAUUGUUGAUACUGAUACUGUCUCUGAUGAUACUACUACCGUCGCCACCACUACAACAGCAGGGGCCGAUAUCGAUACCAUUGCGACCACUACAACAACAGAGGCUGAGACCACAACUACUUCCCUAAUAACAACCAGCGCAGAGGCUGAUGUUACGACUACCACCACGGUCGCAGAGACUACCACCACCGCGCCCUGCGCCGCUGCUCCUACAGCAUGCGGCGUCUACGGGUACUUCGCCGCUGGCAACACGUUGCAGUACCUCACCAGCCCGGGAACAAAGGACAGCGCCAAAGACUGCUUGCAGGCCUGCGCUGAUUAUCCGGGGUGCGAUGUCGCCGACUUCUACAACGAAGCCGCCAACGGAUGGCCAAAGGGCAAUUGCGAGUUCUUCAAGGGCACAGUCAAGACUGAUGGCGCACAGACUCCAUACCAAUGGUAUCAAGUUUGCUGUUUGGCCGAGAUGUAA